GUCUGACUAAGCAUGAUUGAAAAAUUUGUUAAAUCAUAAUAAUGGCAUCUAAUGCCUUUUUGUUAUCAGAACACCCCUCUCCAAUAAAUAAAGAAUCACUUGAGGUUUUAUCUAAAAAUUCUAUUUCUUAUGUACAAAAUAACCAUAUUUUGUUAAGUUCUGACAUUACAUGUGGUUUAAAUGAUACUGGUUGUAUGGAGAAGUCUCUUGUUCAGAAUUUAUCAAAAGAACCAUUGUUAUAUUCUCAGGUUUCUGCCUCUGAUCAAGAAGUAUUCUCUUCUGCAAAUCAUACUGUUUUAAACUCUCACAAUAGCGUUUUUUCCUCUCAUUUUCCUCAUCAUAUAUUAUAUAAUUCGUCAAAACAUGAAUUCAAGACACCUAAUGAAUAUGUACUUUAUAUUCUUUUUGCUCAGUUUGUUUGUGUUUCAAAAAAAAAAAUUAAUACUAUAUUGGAGUAUCCUUUGGAUUGGGAGCCUAAUAUUGCUAAAAUAGUUGGCGAAGGUGUUGAUCCUAUAUUUGAUAAAAUUUUAAAAAGUUUGGGAUAUAUAGCUAGACAUAAACCCAAGCCUAUUAUUGAUUCAUUUAUGUAUUGGAGAAAGUCUAAAUUAGAAGCAUCUAUUGCUUCUAUACUUGAUAAAGAGUAUUUAUUUAGUGAGGAAAAAAUUAAAGAUGUUUCUCAGAUACAAAAUUCUAAUUCAAGCACUAUUCAAUUGAAUCGAAGGGUCUCAAUUAUAAAGGAUAGGAUAUCUCUUGUUUCUAUAUAUAUCUUAUGUAGAGCACUUAUCGAGAUAAUAAAGCAGGUAUCUGCAGAUACAUUAGGAGAUGAGCUUGGAAAUAAGCUUGAGGAAAUUGUUUUCAAUCAGCUUCGAUCCACUAAUCCCAGGGCUUUAUCUAAUAGUAUUAUCAGAUCAGCUAAUUGGAACUUGUUUGCUGAGCUUCUUGGUUGGAUGAGUAAAUUUCGUUUUUCUAGUGUCAGUGAUCGUUUUAUCGCUGAUCUCGAAAAAUUUAAAGGAAAUAUUACUAAAGAAAAAGAAUUGAAAGUUGAAAUGGUUAUACAUGGUAUGAAAUAUCUUAAAAUAAAAUUAUGCCCGGAAGAUGCGUUAGAAGAAUCAUCUGAUUUUAUUGCAAGUUUAGCAAGAUUUUUUCAGGAAACCCGUUGUUAUCGUAUUAGGUAUGCUUAUGCCACUCUUUUUCAUCGUUCUAUGCUUCCUAUGGUUGAUAAUGCAACAGCAGAGCUUAAUUUUCCUUCAUGGGCUGGAACUGUUGAGAUGUUGUACCCUAAGGUUAUUAAAAUGUCUAUGAAAGUUCAAUUGUGGAAUAUGGCAUUUUCAUUAGCUACAACUCUUCUUUGCGUUAGUCCUAAGGAUAUGUUUUUGGCUAACUGGCUUAACCUAAUUGAAUCAAAUGUAUUAAAAUUGAAAGAUAAAACUACGAGGAUAUUUUUAAUAACAUGUAUAGCAAGGAUGACAUGGGUUUAUAUGUUUCGUUAUUCUGAGAGUCUUAAUACAACUACAAAAAAGUUGGAUAGUUUAAUUUUGAUGCUUUUUCCUCCAGGAAAACGGUAUCUAGGUUUUUCGGAACCGUGUAUUUUGGCGCUUGUCACUUUUAUUCGUUUUAUUGGAUUAAAAUAUCCUGAUUAUUGUUUUAAAAAUAUUAUAUUUCCUCUUAUGAGUGCAGAUAUAUCUAAGUUUUCUCAGGAUUUCCUUAUUGAUGAUUUGUCCCCAGAAAGAAUGAUAAUUGCUAUGAAGGCUGUCUUAGCUAUUAUUUACGAUUUAUCAUGUUUUGGAAACAGACCAUCAUUUCCUGUAAUUAUUGAAGAAAUCCCAGCAUAUUCUGAUGAUCAGCUUAAUUUAUUGUAUGAUGUUAUAAAUAAGUCUAUUAUCAAAGAUUAUUAUGAAUUAUUUUCUCAGAUGGUCUCUAAGAUAGCAUAUGUAUGUGAUCAGAGUUAUGGUUAUAAAAUUGAAGAAAUUGAUUUAUCUUUACCAAAAGUGUCUUCUUUGAACAGUGAAAUUCAUUUAUCUGGUGACUUAAAAGAUAAUCGAAUAUAUUAUGAGCUUUUAGUUGUUAGUUUUGAAACUUUAUCAAAAUGUUCGUUCAAAGAAGUAUCUCUUGUAAAAGUAGUUGAUAUGAUUUGUAAGAAUCUUUUGCAUUUUGAUCCUGGAGUUUCGAAGGCUGCAAGUAAUGCACUUGAGUUGAUUGCUAAGCAAAAUAGGGCACAAAUAGUUUUAUCUGCUGUUUCUAAGCUUAUAAUAAAGUAUGAUGAAUUGUUUUUAAAAGAAUAUAAUGUUUCUGCUGCUACUAAUCAGAAUAUCUUUUCAUGUACUGAAAGCAUAUUGCGACUCUUUGUUCUCUUAUUGGAAAUUUGGAUUAAACAAAUAGAAGAUAAAGUAAAUGAGAAAAAAAAAUCCUCUAAUUGUUUGAAUCAGAUUAUCAGUGAUGUUGAUUCUGAAGGAAGAGUAGAAAUUGCUAGUAUACUGAUUUUAGUUGAGGAAAUAGAAUCAAAUGGUCUUUUUUUUUUAUUUAGUCAAUCAAGGAUUAUAAGAUGUUAUGCUUUUAAGAUGUUGCAUUUAGUUGUUAAAAUUGAUGAAGUUAUAGGCAAAUGUGACAAAAAUAGUAUAGAGAAUCUUUCUUUAAGUCAAUCAAUUAGAGAUGCAGAUUUUACAUAUUCUAGAAUAAUAAAUAUAUUUUAUCAUGAUGGCUUAAGGUUAUUAUCUUUUCCUGUUGAUUCUUUGUCAGUUGUUGAAUAUAAUCGAUUGCAAAAAGUUUAUGAUGGUAAACGCAAUGAUAUACUUAUAAAAAUAUCAGAAAGUGAAAGUACUAUUGAUACUGCUAUUUGGUUCCGUGUUUUUCCUAAGUUUGUUAAAUUAUGUUUUGAGAAAUUUCCAAUUAAUGUUAUUUUCUGUCGAAAUAUUGCCUGUUUAAGACUUAUGCGAAUGCAAAAGUUUAUCAUGAAAACUAUUGAGAUUUCAAAAAAAAAUAAUUCUUUAGAUAUAUUAUCAAAGUAUUCUAGUAGGCAUUCUAAUUUUCCGGAUGUUGUUUUCGAGCAAUGGAAACUUUAUCUUAUAGUUGCAUGUUCUACAUUAACUUCAACUGAUGAUGAGGCUUUAAAAUAUGUUCAGAAAUAUGAGCAAAAAAAAAAUGUUAUGAGUAUAUUUUUUGAAAAAACAAUUUCUGCGCAUUCUGUUUUUCAGGAGAUUUUUCUAUUAUUGGAAACAAAUUGUAAUGUUAUUAAAGAUUCUAUUGUAUCUGCAUUAGAAUUUAUAGAUGUGAAUGUAUAUCGAGUAUUGUUAGAAGAUUUACAACUUGUAUUGAAAAAGUCGACAGAAAACAGUCAUUCAUUUCAUUUUCGAUUAUCUGAAAAGUUUCCUCAGACAACGUUAUAUGAUUUACUAACUGAAGUCAUGCAUAUUCUUCAACUUACAUCUCAUUUUUUGAUGGAGGAUAGUAUAAUUCAGGAUGAAUGGAUAUUAAAUACAUUAAUAUCUUAUAUUAAAGAUGUUAGGAUAUUUAUUGGUGAAUUAAAUCUACAAAGAGAAUGGGAAUAUCUGAAGUUAAAGCGAUAUUUUUGUGGAUUACUUGAAAAUGUAUACAAAGGGAUUUGUAGAACCUCCGAUCCUCUAAGAUGGAUAUCAUUUGAUGAUCGAAUAUCUUGUUUUUGUAUGAUUGAAGAAUGGUGUGGAUAUGGUUCCUAUGAAACACUUGCUCAGAAACAUGAAGAAUAUAUAAAACAACUAGUUUUAGACCAAUAUAAGGAUGUUCGUGAUUUAAAUCCUAUAAUUGCAUCAUUGGAAAUUGAGAAGAAAAAUUUGCAAAUGGCUGCUCUUAACUGUAUGGCCUCUCUUUGUUCCGGAAAAAUUAUACCGGCAAUAGAAGAUAAUACUAAUAAAAAGGAUAUUGUAUCAUUUGAUAUUGAUAGUUUUUUUCGAUGGACUGAUGCAUUAUUUUUAAGUCAAAAUGAAAGAGUUUCAGAUUUAGGUAGUAAAGCACUUUUUAAUUUGUUACGAUAUAAUUUGGAUUAUCCUGUCUUACUUGAGAAAAGCAUGCAAAAAUGCUAUGAAUCUCGUAUGAAAUCAAAAUCUGCUCAGUAUUAUUUUUCUGUACUUGUAGAUGUUUUAAUAGAUGCAGCCAUAUUUCCAUAUUCCAUUCAUCAAGUGUUAGUGCUUUGCUUAUUUAAGAUUGGUGAUAAGAAUUUGGAUGUGAGAAUUAAUGCAUUACGAUUGUUGAAAUAUUCUGAAGAAUUAGUUUUUGGUAAAUCAUUAGUAUCGGGAUUUGAAGCAGCAAUUUUUAAUAAUACUGUUUCUAUUUAUAGACGUGGUCAAUAUCUUCUACUUUCUAGUUAUUCGAAAGAGUAUUCUGAUUUGGCUUUUACAGUAUUUUCUGAAUGUUUGAAAUGUUUUUAUUUAGUAUCUGAAGAAUUACAGAAAGAUAUUAUCAUAAUACUCUUACCUUGGAUUCAAGUUAUAGAACUCCAGUUUGAUGCAUUUAAUGAAGAUUUAGAUUUAUCUUCUUAUAUGGUUUUGGUUAAUCUUUUAGAAAUUAGUGUAAAAUAUGGUGAUAAAUUUCAAAAUGAAAUAGAAGAAUUAUGGAGUGCUUUGGUUUCAGGUCCUUAUGUUGGAAAUAUAAAGAUUAUUCUUGAUUUUUUCAUGUCGAAAUGUAUAGAAAGAAGGGAUUCAGUAUUUGUUAUUUUUGCAAAGUAUGUUAUAAUUUAUCUUAAUAGAUCUCCAUUAGGAUUUAAAAUAAUGGAUAUUUUAUUUAAUUAUCUCCAAAAUCCGCGUUCAAUGGUGCCUCAGCUUCGUGAAUUAACUCAUUAUUCUGAUGCAAAUGCUACUUUUUCUUAUAUGGCAAUAUUGGAUGACUUUUUUCCUCUUCCAAAAAAACCAAUUAUUUUUUCUCAUGGACAGAUAGCAUUGAUAUUUGUGAUUGAUCUAAUAACAGAAACUGAUUUAUCUAUUGCUGCUAUUUUACCAUUAGCAUUGCAUCUUGCAUUUAUACAUUUAGAUCAUUAUAUUGAUUUAGUAAAGGAUCAUGCAAAAGAAAUGUUGAUAACUUUACUAAACCGUGUUAAUUCUGAUAUCUUGAAGGAAAGCGAAUUAUUGGAAAUUAAAGUUGAUCUUGUUAGUAUUUUAAGAUUUAAAGAUUCUGAAUUAUUUUGGACUUAUGAUGAUUUAAAUCAAAGCAAAAAAAAUCCAAAAAUACCUGAACAAAUGAAAAAAAUGGUGGAUGAUGUUUUGAAAAUAUGCUCUGUAGAGUAUAAUGAUUUACGGCAAAUAUGGGGGAAAGUUGCAAUUACAUGGGCAACAAUGUGUCCAGUUCGUCAUUUAGCAUGUCGAUCUUUUGAAAUAUUUAGAUGUCUUUUGCUUCCAUUGGAUCAAAAUAUACUUGCUAAUAUGUUAGCAAGAUUAUCAAAUACUAUUUGUGAUAAUUCAUUAGAUAUUCAGGGUUUUUCUAUGGAAAUAUUAGUAACUCUAAAAGUUUUAACAGAGAAACUCGAUGAAUCUGAGUUUAAGAAUUAUCCUCAGUUGUUUUGGGGUGUAGUAGCAUCUUUAAAUACUAUUCAUGAACAUGAAUUUGUACAGUGUAUUUUGAUUUUAGAGGAAAUAAUGAAAAAAAUUAAUUUAGGUUUUCCUUCUAAUGUCAGCUUUUUACUAUCAGUGUUUCCACCUAAAUGGUCUGGAGAUUUUGAUGGAUUGCAGUCAUUAAUUUUAAAGGGAUUAAGAUCAUCUACUUCUUAUGAUAUAACUCUUAGGGUUUUGGAUUUUAUAAUUGAAUUACCCAAUAAUGAUAUUGUUGGAAAUAAUGAAAGAUUACUUUUUGCUAUAUUGGCUAAUUUACCUCGUUUUUUGGAUGCUUUAGAAAACGCUACAUUGUCUCAAGAUGUUAUUAACUCUGCUAAAAAGCUCGAAGCUAUGGCUAGUACUCAAGGGCUUUUAGAAUUAGAAAAGAUUAUUUCUUCUUUUUCUAAGUCACGAAUUCGUGUUAAAGAUGAUUUCAUAAAACAAAUUAUUUUUAUAAUUCGUGAUAUUUAUUUUCCUGAGUGGGAAACAUCUGCUCUUUUGUUUAUGUUAAGAAUGCUUUCCAAUAAACGGAAGUGGAUCAAAAUAAAAAUUAUGGAAAUUCUUAAGGUUAUGUUACUUUAUAUAGAUAUUAGUAAGCUAAAGUUUUCCGGAUUUGGUGUUGAUUUGAUAUUUCCUCUUCUUAGACUUUUGAAAACAGAAUAUGUUCAGCUGGCUAUAGAAGUUUUAGAGAAGAUAAAUGUAAUAUCUGGAGGUUCUAUAGAUAAGCAUAUUUUAAGGAUGGUUUUGGGUAAUAAAACUAUUUUAAAAGAGUUUGGAAAAAUUGAGGAAUUGUUUGGUAUUCCUGAUGAAAAUGGAUGGGCAGUACCUAUGGCUUCUCUUACUGCUACUAUCACUAGGUCAAAUGUGCAUUCUGUGUUUUGCACGUGUACUGUUGCAUCUUCAAAUACGAGUUUAAUUACAUCAGAUAUUCAGUUUCAUGUAGAUGAUUAUCAUGGAACAGAUAAUCAUUCAGGAACAGCGUUUUCUAAGAAUUCUGAUGAUUGUGAGGGUGAUUCGCUUGAUGAUAUGGUGUCAACUUUACACAGUCUUGAUAUUUUUUUUACAGAAGAUGCUUCGAAUACUUCAUGCGAUUAUGAAUCGUUUAUAGUUGAUGCAGGGUUUGACCCAAUGGUAAAAUCUCAUAAUGUUUUAUGAAAAUCGAGUAGAUUCAAUUCUCGUAAAUUUUAAUUAAAAAAUCUA